GCGCGGCUCGGGAGAGCAGCGUCCGGCUGGCGGGGCCCUGGGGGCAGUGUGGGAACAGCCGGCCGGCGGCGGCUGAUGAGGCCCAGGCGUCUCGCGGCUGUGGGGUCCGCGGCACCUGGGCCGGCAGGGCUGGUCUGUCUGCCGACAAAGCGGGCCCGGUUUAUUCCUGCGACUUGCUGGCUCUGCUGCAAUAAGCCUGGAGUCCGUGUUGGAAGGGCAACGGACCUAUAUAUGUGUGUCUUGUAUUAAAGAGACGCUGGAAAAUUAAGCACAAAUUUGGUAUUGCUGCUCGAACAUGGCGGCUGCUACCUUGCGGUAGCUCUUCAUCCUGCUUACUUCUUGGAUUUCUCGACUCUCUACCUCCUGACUAGAUGUCUCUGCUGCUGCAAAACUGAUGUCAAGGCUCCUCCACGAAAUAUAGUCUAUAAAAUCACUACUUCCUUGCUGUAACCCUGUACAGUUGAAAAAUCACCCCUGGGAUCACUGCAGUGCAACACAAGGUUUUGUAGGCUAGGAAAGUGCAGAUUUACCUGGCGUUUGUGAGUCUCUUCCCACUGGUUGCUUCACACUACCAGAAACAUUUCCCUUUGUCCUCGAUCUCGACCACCUUGGGUUGCAGUUGCUGAGUUUUUCAGGUUGCUUAGUUAUCCAGAGGUAACAGGCCUUUAAAAGGGUAAAUGUAUCUUCUCCUGGCCAGAACCUUCUGGGUUGCUUUUUAAACCGAGACAAGUUUAAGAUGAAAAUAAUAAGUAGUUUGUUCUGAUAAGUAGGCAAGUAAUGGCUUAGAAAUUGGGCAAAAAACUACAAGUGAAGGACAUAUGAAGUUAUGCCUAAUAGCAGUUACUUAUUCUGUGGUUGCCUAAAGAUGGUUUAUGGCUUUUUUGUUUGUUUGUCCGUAGAAUUGUAUGCCUCUUUCACCAGAAUUAGUUUAUUCCUCUUCCCCUAAUUUGUGUCAGGGUAAGGUUUGGGUUUGGUUUUUGGUUUUUUGCUUUGUUUUUCUAUUUGUGUGUGUAUUGUGUUAACAUCUAGGUAUUCUUGACAGGAUGGAGGGCUUUUUCCAGUUGGCACACAAUGAUUUGUUCUCACAAGAAAAAGCUUAUUUUAACUAUGAUGUUAAAAGUAUGGGUGGUACUGAAGAUCCUUUUGAAAAAUAUUCUGAAAUUGGAUUUUUUUUCAAACUACACGACUUGGCUCUUCUCUGUUGUUAAUAACUUGCUGCAGAUGGAUUCUGUGUCAUGAGGGAAAUGGGGGCAGGGACUUGACACUGCAGUUUUUCAACAAGUGACACACCCAUUGAGUUCUGAGGGAAGCAAUGAGACUGAAACUUCUGCGCCUUUGGACUAGAUCUUUCCACACUUCAACAACAAUAUGCCGAAGCCAAAACUUUAGUAAAUCUGGACAUUCUCUAUUAAAGCUGGAUAACGAAGUUGACAGAACAGCUCACAGAACAGCAAACUCUUGGAAUAACUCUUGGAAUUUGUAUGCUCUGAAAACCGGUUUGUCUUUUUUGACAAGUCAAUACAUGCAAGUCAAGAAUUGGAAAUUGCUCCAAGGAAAUAUAUCAACUUUGGGAAAAAAUGUGUAUUAUCAGAGUGGGGAGGUUUUUUUUCCAUCCUGGAAACAUUUUGGUGUGGUGAUGAUGGAAAACUACAGGCUCAAUACAAAGCAUAUGAAAGAGCUUAGGAACAUAUCAUCAAGGUUUUACUCGGUUGUAUCAGCUGGUAAAAUUAUUCCAAAACAUGGUAACCAGCCAGUUAAGAGGCCACCGAAAGCACCAAGGACCAAACAGCCAUCCAGAGCUAACCAGCCACUGUCAGACAUGAAGAAUCUGAUGCAGUGCACAGCCUUUGCAACAGCAGAUGAAUAUCAUCUUGGUAAUCUGUGUCAUGACCUGACUUCACAUGGAUAUGUUGAAAUAACAAGUUUGCCUAGAGAUGCUGCAAAUGUUUUGGUGAUGGGCACUGAGAAAUCUGCAAAAGAAGAUGAUCCUGGCAUGAUUUUUUUCUUCAGGGAGGGGGCUGUUGUGUUUUGGAAUGUGGAAGAGAAAAGUAUGAAGAAUAUCAUGCAAGUACUAGAACAGCAUGAAAUUCAGCCAUAUGAAGUUGCACUAGUCCAUUGGGAGAAUGAAGAGAUGAACUAUAGAAUAGGAGAAGGUCAGUCAAAGCUUCAUAAAGGAGAAAUCUUGUUGAAUUCUGAGCUGGAUAUUGAUGAAGUUGUUCUGCAGAAAUUUGCCUUUUCAAAUGCUCUUUGUCUUUCUGUAAAGCUGGCUAUUUGGGAAUCACUACUGGAUAACUUUGUGGAAUCUAUCCAGUCAAUUCCUGAGAUACUGAAGUCACGAAGGAAGGUGAAACUGUCUCAUGCAGAUGUAAUGCAGAAAAUUGGAGAACUCUUUGCAUUAAGACACCGUAUAAAUCUGAGUUCAGACUUGCUAAUAACACCUGACUUCUACUGGGAUAGAGAGAAACUAGAAGAGCUUUAUGACAAGACUUGCCAGUUUCUCAACAUUAAUCGACGAGUUAAGGUAAUGAAUGAAAAGCUUCAGCACUGCAUGGAGCUGACAGACCUAAUGCGGAAUCACCUGAAUGAAAAGCAUGCCCUGCGUCUCGAGUGGAUGAUAGUAAUACUCAUUACCAUAGAGGUUCUGUUUGAACUUGCAAGGGUAAUUUUCUGAUGAUGGAAUAAACUCAGGAAGAAGAAAACUGACAAAACCAUAAAGACCACAUGGCCCAGAAAAUUCCUGUCUAUUUAUAUGCUUCUGGAAAAUAGUGGAAUUAUGUCUCGAUAAAUAUGUACAUCUUCUACACAAAUUAAAAAAAUAAUAAAAAAAAAAA